AUGGCGACCCCCAACGGGCCCCGGGUACCCUGCCCCCAGGCCGCCGUCGCUCGGGCUCUUCUAUUCGGCUUAGUCCUCAUCAAGGUGGCCGGAGUCGCCGGCACUACAGAUGUAGUGAAAGCGUAUAAUAUAACUUGGAAGUCAACUAAUUUCAAGACCAUUUUGGAGUGGGAACCCAAACCCAUCAAUUCUGUCUACACUGUUCAGAUAAGCUCUAGAUUAGGAAACUGGAAAAACAAAUGCUUUUACACCACAAACACGGAGUGUGACGUCACUGAUGAGAUUGUGAAAAAUGUGAAAGAGACAUAUUUGGCGAGGGUCUUUUCCUACCCAGCAGACAUUAGCAGUUUCACUGUGGAGCCUCCAUUUACCAACUCCCCAGAGUUCACACCCUACCUAGAGACAAAUCUUGGACAGCCAGUAAUUCGGAGUUUUGAACAAGUUGGGACAAAACUGAAUGUGACCGUACACGAUGCACAUACGUUAGUCAGAGCGAACAGCAUAUUCCUAAGCCUCCGGGAUGUUUUUGGCAAGGACUUGAAUUAUACACUUUAUUAUUGGAAAGCUUCCAGUACAGGAAAGAAAAAGGCCACAACAAACACUAAUGGGUUUUUGAUUGAUGUGGAUAAAGGCGAAAACUACUGUUUCCAUGUUCAAGCAGUGAUUCUAUCACGAAGAACUAACCAGAAGAGUCCAGAAAGCCCCAUCGAGUGCACUGGCCACGAGAAAGUUCUGUCCACAGAACUUUUCUUCGUCAUUGGAAUAGUGAUGCUUGUGAUCAUCAUCUUCAUCACUGUCCUGUCUGUGUCUCUGCACAAGUGCAAGAAGGCGCGAGCAGGGCAAAGUGGGAAGGAGAACGCACCCCUCAAUGCUGCGUAA